GGAAAUAUGUUGCGGGGAGCUUUGCUGUGUUUCUUAGCCUACUCUAUCUGUGUCAAUGCAACCAACAGUACUGACACUGUAGUAAGGACGCUUAUUGAAGACACUGAACUUGCCAGGGGCACCGUUAUUGCACCUAGUGUUGUAGGAUGUGGAAUAAAGAGUAAGCCGGAGCUUUACAAAUUCAUGAUGGAGAUCUGGGCACUGUACCAUAACCUAGAAUAUGACUCCAGGGAAGAUGUUGAACCUCAGAUAAUUUUCUACAAUUACAAAAAUGAAGUUCUCAAGGUGGUGAAAAUAAGAGAAAAGACAGCUGAUGAGAUUUCUGCAAUCCUGGAUGAUGCAGGAUUUUACAAGAAAUCAAAGAAAGGAGAAGAAGUUCCAAAGGAAUUCCAGCAUCUCCCACUGAAAGCACCAAGGGACGAGCUGUGAGCUACUAAGGCACCGAUAAGGUUAACCAAGAAACCUGCAGACUUCUUCUGUACACUGCGGCAAUAAACUGAGAACUUCUCUCCAAAGGGACUUUGUG